AUGGCCAGUCCCGACACAGACAUCGCUCACGAGCAUGCACCCUCGCUUGAAGCCUCGCGGGCAAACUCACAUGCGCCGCUCUCGCAACCCCAUGGCUGGAGUAUAUCCGAGUACAACCCCGAGUCCACCGCUUCCUCGCAUCUGGGAGUCCUUGGCAAAGACCAUUUUCUCAUCGAUUUCGCUCCGAACGACCCCGGGGACCCCCACAACUGGAGCACUGCCCGGAAAUGGCUCCAGGUUUGUCUGGCUCUCUACGCGACACUUGCCCUUCCCUUGAAUGGCACCUCCAUCACCAUCGCUGCAGACGCCAUCAGCCACGACUUUGGCAUCACAGACACCCCCUACUUCUCAAAUUCAUAUUGGGUCGUGUCUAGCUGGGCCCUUGGUGGUGCCUUCUUCGUCGUCACAGGUCUCCCCCUCUUCGAGGACAUGGGUGUGCGGCCGGGCUUUCUGUGGUCCUACGCUUUCAUGUGGUUCAUGAUCAUUCCCCAGGCUCUGGCACCAAACUACGCAACCCUCAUAAUAACUCGUUUCUUUACUGGCGGCGCCGUCGCAGCCGUUGCCAACAGUGUCUCCGCCAUGAUUGCCGACCUUUGGGACACCGAGAAAGACCGCACUCUGCCCGUGAGCAUCUACAUCUUGUUCUACGUUUGGGGAGACAGUGCUGGCCCCGCAGUCUUCGCCGCUGUCACAGAGUACAUUGGAAAUUGGAGAUGGUGCGUAUCGAUAACCCUUUACCCCAGUCAUCUCGUCUGCUAACAGUCUUACCCACAGGAUCUUUUACAUACAAUUGAUCAUAUAUGGCGCUCCCUUCCCCCUCCUCUACUGGCUCCUCCGCGAAGUCCGUCCCGAAGUCAUACUCCGCACCCGAUCCAAGAAGAUGCGAAAAGAAACCGGCCGUGAUUACUUUCAUGAGGGAGAAAUGACCAAAAUACCUUUCAUGUUGAGAUUCUGGAGGUCCACAUCCCGUCCCUUGUACCUCCUCUUCACCGAGCCCGUCCUCUUCGCCGCGACACUGUGGUCCGCUUUCGCCCUCGGUCUCAUUUUCCUCUUCACCCAGUCCGUCGAACAGGUCUUUCAAGGCCUCUAUGGCUGGACCGAAGCACAAUGCGGCUACGUCCAAGGCGCCGUCCUCAUCGGACAACUCUUCGGCUGGGGCGCUUCCACCUACGGCCAAAGGUUCUUCUUCUCAUCCGCCGAUCGCAAUUUGGAAUUCCCCGGUGAACCCAUCCCCGAAGCACGACUCUACACUUCUGUCUUUGGAUCCUUUUUCGGCGUCGCGGGAGGCAUGUUCCUCUACGGCUGGACUUCAUACCCUCACAUCCACUGGAUCUUCCCCACCCUCGGUCUCGCCGUCAACGGUUUCGGAACUCUGAUCGUCGUCUACGCCGCCGCGGAAUACGUCGUGGAUGCCUAUGCGGAUUCUUCCUACGCCGGGUCUGCCCUUGCGGCCGUGGCUUUCGGGGAGAAUAUCAUCUGUGCUUUCCUCCCGCUGGCCAGUCAGUCGAUGUAUACCAAUCUGGGAUUCCAGUGGGCUUCUACGCUGAUUGGCUUCCUGGCUUUGGGUUUGGGCUUUGCGCCUGUGGUUUUCAUCUGGAAGGGUCGCGAUCUGAGGGAGAGAAGCCCUUUUAUGCGGUCUGCGAAGGGCACCAAGGUUGGAUCUGGUGUUCUUGCUGGUGCUGAUGCUGGUGCUGGUGCUGGUGCUGGUGCCCCAAUGACGACUACGACUACUACUACUACUAGAAAGUGA